AUGUGACUAGAUUAAAAACAAACAUCAUCGAUCAAUUGGGAGAACCAAAGUGUGAGGUUUGCGGCCUUAAUUGCGCACUACAUCGUUUCUGUGUUGCGUUCAACUUCAAGGAGAAGUCUGAGGGGAAUGAAUUCAACUGUCAGCUAACAAAUACGACUGAACAUAAAUUUGACAAUAAUUCCAGCAAAGAAAGGCGAGUUUGGACGUUCAUCAAAGAUAAUGUAGACCGAAGUCAGGUGGUAAGCAAUUACAUAUACUUUAUACAAAAUUUGUGGACAAAGAGUAUACCUUCCCAUUAGUACCAGAAUCGAUCCAUGUAGCUAGUAUAUACAUCCUUACGCAUAUAUAUCGAAACCUUAAUUUGAUCGCUCUAAGGUGUUUUGGGCAAACGGUCUGGUAAAUUAUUUGAUAAUUCCUGGCAGAUCUAUGUAGCCCUUUUUCAAAGUCGGACAUGAGGUUGUUUUGAACAUGCGGUCGUAUUUUUUUUACAAGUUCUCAUAAAAUUGUCGUGUUUUGACUAUAUUUAAGCUUUGAAUUAUAUGCGCGUUGCUUGACCCAAAUGCCACCCGUUUAAUAUACACCUCAAAGCGUAUUACCCAUAUUUCCCGUGCCAGAUUAUCGCCUGCCAUGCAGAGCAGACAAAUAACAAUAGGGAGAUUUUGGCGUUUGACAUUCAACUAAAAGGGAAUUACUGUAGUGUACCCAAAUGUUGGUUCAAAUACGAAUCCACUAUUUUAAAGAAAAAAUGUAUUCCGUAUUUAAACUUUGUCAGUCUCUAAAAUAGAUACCAGUAUGUUUGCAUGUGAUCAUACAAUGAACUAUUUUGCAGGCAUUGUGCAGAGGAGAAGUGAAUGAAUGCCACAGUGGUGGAACAAUGAUCUGGGAUCCAGUUAAACCUUUCAACUGUCUAUGUAAGAAGGGAUACGAAGGAGAGAUCUGUGAAAAAG